AUGAAGUCCAUUGGUGCCGCCUCACUCAUCGCGCUUCUCGCUGCUACCGAUGCGUUCGCCUGCACCGGAACCACCUCGCUGAGGGAGGAGGCGGGCAAGAAGGACAUUCUCAUCGGGUCCGGAGCGAUCAAUCCAACCUACCUCGACGAUCCUCAGUUUGCGACCGUCCUUGCCCAGCAGUUCAACAGCCUCUCUCCCGAAAAUGAGAUGAAGUGGUCGUUCCUUAACCCGACCAGAGGGCACUACAACUGGGACACAAUCGACCGCCUCGUUGACUUCGCGGAAGCCCACGACAUGGUGGUCAAGGGCCACGGGCUCAUCUCUAGCUGCUGUAACCCUGACUACCUGCUCAACAUCACCGACCCCACAGCGUUUCGUGCUGCGAUGACGGCUCACUUCAAGGCGGUCAUGCACCGGUAUGACGGCAAGGUAGAUCGGUGGGACGUGGUCACUGAAGCCCUCAAAACGCAGGGCGGCGGCCUGAAUGCCAACGACUUCUACAAAGUACUUGGUCCCAGCUACAUAAACGAUGCCUUCCGCAUCGCCCGGGCAGCAGGCCCGGACGCCAAGCUGUUCAUCAACGAGGGUCUCGUCGAGACACUCCCCGGCAAGCGUCAGGAACUCUACGACCUGGUCUCUGGACUCGUGGCGGACGGCGUCCCGAUCGACGGAGUCGCCCUGCAGAUGCACGUCACCGAAAUAGCCCCGAAACCGGGCGUGAUCACGGACAUGGUCAACUCUUACAAGGCGCUCGGAUUGGAAGUGACGAUUGCUGAAAUGGAUGUCCACACGCUUAACGCUACGCUCCAGGCCGAUAUCUACGGCGCCGUCGUUGGCGAGGCUCUAAACGCAGGAAUCACCGACAUUAGCUUCUGGGGCUUCACGGAUAAGCACGCCUAUACCUGGCUGCCGGGCGCAAAGCCAUUGAUGUUCGAUGAGUCCUACCACGCCAAGGGUGCGUUCUACGCCACUCACACUGCCCUAACGAACUUCGUCAGCGGGCCUUAG